AUGGUAGGAAACGAGCGAUUUUCGUUUCAAAAAACCGUCCAGUGUAUGGCCCGUGUGCUGGCAAUGAUUAAACCAACGCCAUGGGAAAAGGUACAAACUUUGUUCAAGUACUGCCCACAGGAAAAUGCAGCGGGCGUGUUUUGCUUGGAUGCCAGGGCACAGGACGCGGUGAUUGCGUUGGGAUUAUAUUUCCUUGAAAGUGGCUAUCAGUACUCCAAGGAAAUCAUUCCCUACCUGCUCCGGUUAGCCAAGGCACUGCCCAAGGCAGUCUGGAUCGAUGACGUCAAACCGAACAAAAUCGAUAAAAUCCCAACCGCCGAGAAAUUCAGCUUCUGUCUCAACAGCCUGCUGUCGGACAUUGCGGUUGGAUGUCCGGAGCACCGUGAUGAAAUCAUCGUCAACCAGGUGGAAGUGCUGACGGUGCUGACAAACAUGAUCAAGGGUAGCAAAGAGAGCAAUACUCUGCCACCGAUUAUUCUUUGCAAAGCAACAGUGCCACUCCUACUCGGCCUAAGCCGUUCGAUGGGUCGCUAUGCGGCCGGGGACCCUCCACUGCUCUGCCGGCUUUUCCCCAAGGAUGAAAUUCUCGUCGUUCGGUCCCCCGAGACGCCACUGAUGGCCGACGCGAAGGACAGCACCAGCGUGAGCCAGUUUCGAUCGAUCAUACCCCGCUCAAUGUCUGGCAGCCUGUCGAUGGACGGACCGGAGGCGGAAAAAUCGAUCAACAGUACCCGCAAGAAGCUAAGCUCGUUCUACUCCGUCCCGUACGAUCCGACCACGUACUUCUUCGCGAAGUAUGGCUCCAGCUUCAACCAGUUCCCGAACAUGCGCUUCUGCGAGUCGAUGGAACAGAACGAUCGGCUGCAGUUUCCGAUCAAUCAUCUGCAGACAAUCUUUGCGCUGGCGAAGAAGCUACUGACCAAAGAGACACUCGAGCAUCUGGACGAGCAGGCGGGCGAUAUUUACGCUCUCAAUCAGAUUAAACCGUACGGUUACAAGAGCUUUUCGGAAACAAUCAACCUGGUGAUGGUGACACUCCUUCGUGAAAUACUGCAAAAUCAAACAGAUCUGCCAACUCCGUUCACGAAGGAUGUGCAGGAAUUUGUCAAACGACUGUUCCUGAUUGGGCAGACGGAACUGCAAAACAAGCAGCACGACGCGCUCGAUCGUGUCCGGGACCCAAACAACAUCGUGGUCAACAAAUACAAAAUCAACGUCAUGGCAAAUGCCGCCUGUGUUGAUCUGCUCGUGUGGGCAAUCGGCGAUGAGACAGAAGCGGACAAACUGUGCAGUCGACUGUACCAGAAGCUCAACUCGGUGCUGGGACACAAAGUGGUGAUGGAUCAUAUGCCCUUGUUGAUGGUUUGUUUGGAGGGCUUAGGUAAGCUAGCACAAAAGUUUCCAAACAUUGCUGGAACAUCCAUAUCAUAUUUGCGAGAUUUUUUGGUCGAUCCGAGCCCGAUCCUGACCAAGCUGCACGUGCAAUCUCAGGCUCAAACGAAGAAGGAUAAGGAAAAUGCUCCAUUCCGGAUUGUGGUUCAAGGAUCCGACUUUAAAGCGUUCGAUCAUUCAACGAAAACGAAGGGUCUUACCAAAUCGGCCCAGGAAGCGUUCGAAGCUCUGCGAGACGCCGCCAUUGAGAACCUCAGCAUUGCUCUGCGUGCGGCGCACGCCAUGGAUCAAUACUGCGUGCCAGCGCUGGUGGCGAACGUGUCAAAUCGGUUAUUCACCGCCGAGAAGCAGGAAAGCGAAUCGAGUCUGGUGUCUCUCAACAUCAUCGUCAUGUUGGGGCACGUGGCUGUCGCCCUUAAGGACACACCGAAAACGACCAACAACAUCCUGCAGUUCUUCAUCCAGCGAUUCUGCAAGGUUCCGUCGGAACAGAACGUACUGAUCGUCGAUCAGCUUGGCUGUAUGCUCAUCUCGAAGUGUGAACCGCAGGUGUUUGAGGAGAUUAUGAAAAUGUUCUCACGCGUCACCGUGCAGGCAGCCUCGUUGGCUUACUCGACGAAUCCGGAGCAAAGUGUUUACAGAAAAUCGUACCAUCACGUGUCGGAUGCGGUGGUGAAUGCGCUGGCCAACAUUGCCGCCAACAUACAGGGCGAGCUGGAGAUGCUGGAUCUGCUCGGUAAGCUGCUGGAGUUGUUCGUGCAGAUCGGGCUGGAGGCGGAACGGUCGUCGGACAGUGCGUCCGGGGCACAGAAGGCUAGUUCGAGUGCCGGUAACCUGGGCAUGCUGAUACCGGUCAUUGCGGUCCUCGUGAGACGGCUUCCGCCGAUCAAGAACCCAAAGCAGCGGCUUCACAAACUGUUCAAAGACUUCUGGUUGUACUGUGUGGUAAUGGGCUUUACGAACUCGCGCCUUUGGCCCUCGGAUUGGUAUCAGGGUGUGCAGCAGAUUGCGGCAAAAUCACCCCUGCUUAUUUCGCAAACGGCGCACCGGUCAGAAAUGCGUGAACUUAACUACACCUCGGCCAUUCGCUCGGGAAGCGUCAGUUUGAUGGAGCUGCGGAAUCAAAUUCUGCUCCUGCUCGACCACCCGCCGGCGGAUAUUACUGCGUGCAUCAACAAGCUUACGUUCGCCCAAUGCGCGUACCUGUUGAGUGUCUAUUGGUUGGAGAUAUUACGCGUGGAAAACUCGUCCGAACCGAGCCUAGAGCCGAUCCUGAGCUAUCUGUGCGAUAAUGCGCUGCUGAAGGAUAAGUCGGGCAUGUGGCUGUGCAUCCGGUGCAUCGGCGAUCAGGUGUUUGAGAAGUUCCGGAGCGUACUGUUGGCGCAGGACACGGUCCGGGAGAAGGUGCUGGAAUCGCAGGCGAUGCUGCUGCUCGUUUACUUCAACCACAUUCACAAGCAGAUCCAGCUGGUCGCCGAUCAGUACCUUUCGCAGCUGGUGGAUAAGUUUCCGCAUCUCCUGUGGAACCGGAAGGUGCUCUGGUGCAUGCUGGAUGUGCUGCAGUUGCUCGCAUUUUCACUGACGCUCGAUCCGAACGAGGAGACGCCGACGCUACGGGUCGCCUCGACUCCGUACACGCUGCAGCUGAUGGACAGUUUGCCGGCACGUGAAAGUCGCGUUAAAGACUUUGCCGACCGGUGCCAGGGGAUCGUCAAUGAGGCGAUGAAAUGGGCCCCGAAGUCUACGCGCAGCCAUCUGCAGGAGUAUCCGAAUCAGGUGCCCUCGACGACGCUGUCGAACCACAGUGGGCUGGCCCUUGCGGUCGAUUCGAUCCUCCACACCUGGGUCACCAAUGCGUACAUACCGACCACAACGAAGCGUCCGCACUGUGUCAACAGUGACACUUCGAAGUUUGUGUCCGUACUCUGUCUGCGUAGCAAAUACGCGGGUGAAAUCUCCGGCCUUCUCUCCGUGCUGGAGGACGAGGAUAAAAAGGGGCUAGCGGACCGGCUGGUGAAGGACAUCUGGGACGCGUGUGCGGAGAAGAACGACCCCAAGCACCGUGGAGCGUUGUGGCGUGCGACGGCAUACCUGAUCCUGUGCUCCAGCGCCAACCGGAAGCUGCUGCAUGCCAUCUCGUCCUCGCAGGUGCAGCUGUUCACCGUGAGUGCCAUGGAGACGGCGGUCGAGUGCUGGCAGUGGAUACUGACCGCCCGGCAGGAUCUGGAGCUAUGCUUCAUCCAGGAGAUGGUGACCGCCUGGCAGACGACGUUCGACAAGCGGAUCGGACUGUUCUCGGAGGAGAGCGACGUGACGAGCCCGCUGGCGGCGUACGAAGGCUGCAAGUUGGUUCCGAAGCCGAUCGUCGUUGCCCCGCAUCACAUCUGGCUGAGCCUACUGUCGGAGAUGGUCGACACGGCCAAGUACUGCAAUCGGGAUAAGGUGGAAAUGUUUUGUAUGCUGCUCCAUCGCUGUUUACCGUUCAGCAGAGACUUUAAGCAGAACAGGCACAUCUCCACCGUUGGGUGUCGGUUCAAGUUGCUUCAGUGUGGCCUGUCGCUGCUGCAAGGCAACACGAUCCCGAAGUCGCUCGCGCGUAACAUCCUUCGUGAGAGAAUUUACGCCAACGCGCUCGAUUACUUCUGUGGCCCGCAGAUGUGCCCGAGUCAGCCGCGCGAGGCACUGCUCGAGGACAUUGCCACGCUGCUCAAGUUCUGGCAAACGAUGCGCAGCGAGAAGAAGCAUCUCGUUGCGUCGGAGGUGAGUGACUAUGAACUGCACGCGGCCACUUCGACGAACCUGUCCGUGCAGAAGGCUUCCUUGGACACGGUAUCGCUUGCCGGAAGUGAGGUGGCCCGUUCGACGAGCAGUGGUAACGCGGGUUGGUACAACACGAUCCCACACUCCACUUCGACGCUUUCGAAGCGCUCGAACCGCAUCAAACGUCCACCGUACCCGAAGGAUGCGUACGACAAGGACUACAUGAAGAAGCGUAACCUCAUCCUGGAGCUGCUCGCGGUCGAAAUCGAGUUUAUGCUUAUCUGGGCGAACCCACUCGCCCUGCCGGAGCUGCAAAUUCCGGGCGAAGAAUCGGUCAACGAGUGGCGUGCCCGUCCGCUGAAGCUCAACGUGUGGCGUGACUUUACACGGCUCGCCUGGUCGUACAACCCAGCGUUGGCCGUUUUCCUUCCGCAACGGAUUCGCAACGCGGAAACGAUCGAAGACGAGGUGACCCGGUUGGUAUGCUCGGAUCCGAUGGCUGCGGCACACAUCCCCGAGGCACUCAAGUAUCUCGUCACCACGAAGACGGUGCUGAACGAAUCGCCCGAGCUGGUGUACAUGUUGACGUGGGCACGGGUCAAUCCGAUACAGGCGCUGUCGUACUUCUCGCGCCAGUACCCGACGCAUCCGCUGACGGCACAGUACGCCGUCAAAACGCUCAACUCCUAUCCGGCCGAUGCGGUGCUGCCAUACAUUCCGCAGUUGGUGCAAGCGUUGCGUCACGAUACGAUGGGUUACGUUACAGAGCUGAUUAAACAUAUUUCGAAGCGAUCGCAAAUUGUGGCCCAUCAGCUGGUGUGGAACAUGCAGACCAAUAUGUACAUCGACGAGGAGAUGCACCAUCGAGAUUCUCUGUACGACGCAUUGGAAUCGCUUUCGCAGAACAUCAUCUCCUCCCUCUCCGGCCCAGCGAAACGUUUCUACGAGCGUGAGUUCGAUUUCUUCGGCAAGAUCACGGCCGUCAGUGGGGAGAUUCGUUCCUUCCCGAAGGGCCAGGCGCGCAAGAAGGCCUGUCUGGAGGCGCUCAGCCGCAUCAAGGUACAGUCGGGGUGCUACCUUCCAUCGAAUCCGGAAGCAAUGGUGCUGGAUAUCGAUUACAACAGUGGUACGCCGAUGCAGAGCGCGGCCAAGGCACCAUAUCUUGCCCGGUUCCGCGUGCAACGCUGUGGCAUCAGCGAGCUGGAAACGAUGGCAAUGGAAGUGUCGAACAAUCCGGACUCGCAGAUCGAUGGUCCCCGGUUGAACUCGCUAGGUCCGGAAGCGUGGCAGGCGGCCAUCUUCAAGGUCGGGGAUGACGUACGGCAGGACAUGCUGGCGCUGCAGGUUAUCUCGAUCUUUAAGAACAUUUUCCAGCAAGUCGGGCUGGAACUGUAUCUGUUCCCGUAUCGUGUUGUCGCCACGGCACCAGGGUGUGGUGUUAUUGAGUGCGUUCCGAAUGCAAAAUCGCGCGAUCAACUCGGGCGGCAGACGGAUUUUGGACUGUACGAGUACUUCCUGCACCAGUAUGGGGACGAAACGUCCAAGGAGUUCCAGUCGGCCCGCAGUAACUUCGUCAAGUCGAUGGCGGCGUAUUCCGUGAUUGGAUACCUGCUGCAGAUAAAGGAUCGUCACAACGGCAACAUUAUGAUCGACAAGGACGGCCAUAUUAUACAUAUCGAUUUUGGCUUCAUGUUCGAAUCAUCCCCCGGCGGCAACAUCGGGUUCGAGCCCGAUCUCAAACUCACCGACGAAAUGGUGAUGGUAAUGGGAGGCAAAAUGGAAGCCGCCCCGUUCAAGUGGUUCUGCGAUCUUUGCGUCCAAUCGUUCCUGGCCAUUCGGCCGUACCAGGACGCGAUCGUGACGCUCGUGUCGCUGAUGCUCGAUACCGGGCUGCCGUGCUUCCGCGGACAAACCAUCACCCUGCUCAAGCAACGGUUCGUGCCGACCAAGAACAGCAAGGAGGCGGCCGCACACAUGCUCGGCGUCAUCCGCAAUUCGUACCAAAACUUCCGCACGCGUACGUACGACAUGAUCCAGUAUUAUCAGAAUCAAAUUCCAUACUAGGACGGUAACCGGUCGGGGCCGUGCUCCAUAUUUAUGCUUCAGGGUUUUGGGGUUUAAAACCAACCGGUGGGGAGAAUUAUCAUAUAGAAAUCAUUGGAAGUGGGGUUGAAACAAGUUACCAAAGGUAAUUACUAUUAUUGGUGUUAGGGGGAUAAAAUGACAACGGGCCCUAAGGCACGCUAUACUAACUGUUUGUGUGAUGUAGUUCUUCGCUGUACUUCGUUAUUGUUGUUACUCCUUAUCUAUUGACAUCAAGGGAGAUCAAAAUCCAAAGAUUGAUAAUAAAGAAAUACUUUAU